UGCUUCGUUCUGAGUCGUUUGUUCUCUUUUCUUCUCUCCUUCUCAAAUUAGGGUUUGUUCCGAACUCCAGCGAUCCUCUUUACAAUUGAAGUCAUUUAUGAAUCUUUAGCGUCCAAUGCUUCGGAAUUACAACUCAAGUCUCUGGUAGAGAAGAGAAUCGUCACCAACAGCAACAACAGCUAGCAUGGCGGAGCAUUUGGCCUCGAUCUUCGGCACCGAGAAGGACCGCGUAAACUGCCCGUUCUACUUCAAGAUCGGCGCCUGCCGUCACGGUGAUCGCUGCUCUCGCCUUCAUAACAGGCCAACCAUUUCCCCUACUCUCCUCUUAUCAAACAUGUACCAGCGACCGGACAUGAUCACCCCGGGUGUCGACGCCCAGGGCCAGCCGAUCGACCCUCAAAAAAUACAAGAGCACUUCGAGGAUUUCUACGAGGACAUAUUCGAGGAACUCAGCAAGUUUGGGGAGAUCGAGACCCUCAAUGUCUGUGACAACCUUGCCGACCACAUGAUUGGAAAUGUUUACGUCCUGUUCAAGGAAGAGGACCAGGCCGCCGCCGCUUUGCAGGCCCUCCAGGGCCGUUUCUACUCUGGCCGUCCCAUCAUUGCUGACUUCUCUCCUGUCACCGAUUUCCGCGAGGCUACCUGUAGGCAGUAUGAGGAGAAUAAUUGCAACCGCGGUGGAUACUGUAAUUUCAUGCACGUGAAGGUGAUUGGGAGGGAGUUGCGGAGGAAGCUGUUUGGGAGGUACCGUGGGUAUAGAGGGAGCAGGAGCCGUAGCAGGAGCGCGAGUCCUCGACCCAGGAGAGAAAGAGAUUAUGAUAGGCGUGACAGAGAGAGGGAUUAUCGUGACCGUGAUUACCAUAAUGGACGAAAGGACAGGUAUGGCAAAUAUGACAGAGAUGGCGGUAGUAGAAGGAUUGGGAGUCCCAAGCCAAGUAGGAGUCCUGCGGGGGAAGGGAGUGAGGAGCGCCGAGCAAGGAUUGAGCAAUGGAACCGAGAGAGGGAGGGAAAACUGUGAGAGACAUUGGUUCUGUUUCGAAUUGGACCUUUAGCUGCCUUUUGGAUUCCUUUUCCUCUUAUUGGAUCUGGUUUCUGCUUUCUUCUUGUUGUUUUCAUCCUUGCUUCGUUUUGUUGGAAAGCACAAUAUUUUCCCAUGACUUGCUUUGAGGUGUGUGCCUGUAUUUGAAGUUAAAAAAUAACUCCGGUUCGCAAGGCUCCCGCAGUGGGUUGGGUCAGGGACAUGCAAGAUGUUAUACUGGACUUCAAACUUCUUCUAUUUGAAGUUCAGUAUAAUAUUUUUACCCGAUCACACUUUGCUAUAAAUAUAAGUAAAGAACACCCAUGCACAAGGUUCUCGCAAUUAGCGGGGUGGGGGACAAGCAAGAGGUACGUAGACCUUACCCCAUAAUACGUGGAGAGGUUGUUUCUAUCAAUUGACCUUAUGGCAUCUAGGUUGCAUCCCUACAACUUUACUAUGGGGCCACAUGUUUGCCUGUACUUAGCUAUAAAUAUAUAGCAUCAACUUGAAAAUCCAUCGUUUCACCUUCUCCCGGUAACAACAUGUUUUGUUUAAUUGUUGACAAAAUUAUAUUGCAUGCCAGCCAUAGCAGGAACAAUGUGUUUUGUUGUUGAACACGUUGUUCUUACCAUGGUUGACAUGCAAUAUAAUUUUGUGACACAGACACUUGUUGUCGUAGGGAGGGAGCUGUUAAUAUAAUGUCAUGAGAUAAUUGCAUUGCUCUCUUUUACUCAUUAUUUUUCAAUUACAAGUUUCGUACCAGGUUGUGGGUAACUAGUGUUCGGCCAUCUAUGAUACAACAUAUAUAAAUGUAACCUUGUGGGGA